CGGUAGCAACAGCAUUCGCCAUGUUUCGCGCGAGAUGUGGGCGGCUGCUGUUGGCCAAUCGGCAGGCCUGGCUCCGUCGUCCGACGAAGAUCCCAGCGCCGCCUGUGCGCGUGCGCUUGGGUCUCCUCCGGCGAAGCUUCGCCAGCGAGGCGUCAAAUGAUGAUCAGCAAACCCUGAGCCUGAGUUCAGAGGAGCUGGCGUUGAUCAUCCCUCCGAGGAGUUUUAUCCAGGCGUUGAGAGUGGCCAGCGCACAGCCCGAGGAGCUGAGAAAGGCCUUUGAACGCCUAGAUGUGGAUCAGUCAGGAACACUGUGCGCUUCGGAGCUGAGACUUCUCAUGGCGGAGGUCAAAGGGCACCAUGCCACGGAAGAGGAACUGGACAGAGCCGUGGACGCCCUCUUGACCACGUACCAUCGUGGCAAGGACGGGGCUUUGAAUUUCAAAGAGUUCGAAGAAGCUGUGCUCUCCAUGGCUUCUCCUGUAGACCGUCGGGCGUAUGCCCUUGCAAUCGCCAUCGGCAUUGCUUUUGGUGGCUUCUCUGUCACCUUUCCGAUGGGACCAACCUUGAUCCAACAUUUUGGCAUGUCGCAACUGCAGUUUGGCACCCUGACGACGGCCUUUGCGAUGGCCAAGCUCUGUGGAAAUAUUCCAUCGUCCAUCUUUUCGGAGGCCUACGGCCGCAAAGCUCUGUUGGUGGGUGGUCUGAUGUCCAUCGGAACCGGCAUAGCUGGCGUAGCCUUUGCUUCUGGCUAUGAGCAUUUGAUGAUCCUGCGACUGGCGGUGGGCCUGGGUGUGGCGUCAACCUUUACGUCCGCAGGAAUGUACGUCACCGACAUCUCGCAUCCCCUGAACUCGGCUCGCACCCGGGCCCCCAUGCAGAUGGGCAUGUCCGCUGGGUUGUUGAUCGGACCAGCCAUUGGAGGUUAUUUGUUGGAGCACGUUGGUUUAGAACUGAUGUGUUUGGGCGUGGGUGCCUCCUCUAUGGUCACCGCCAGCUGCGUCUUUGCGCUGCUGCCUGAGACACAUCAGCGGCGUCCAGGGGAACGCCUGCGUGGAGUCAGCGACACCAUGCGAUCUUGGUCGCCCAUCUUGGCGUUGAAACCAUUUCGUGAAAUUCUCUCCUUCGGAUGGUGCUACAAUGCAGCCUUUUGGGGUGCAACUGCCCUGAUUCCAUUGGUUUAUGUGGACUUGGCCUUGUCCCCCGCACUGGUUGGAGGACUCUCAACGGCCAACGCCAUCGUGAGUCUCAGCGUGACGCCGCUGGUCGCCAAAACGGCGGACCGCUUCGGCAAGAUGGCGGUGGUUUUUCCGGGCGCUGUGCUGUACGGUGUGAGUCUGAUGCUGGUGCCACACGUGUCCUCCUUGGUUGAGUUGCUACCUGUCCUUGCAGCGAUGCAAAUCGGGGCAUGUAUGACUGGUCAAGCGCAGAUGCACGCGAUGGAUUUGGCCCCUGUCAGAGAUCGCGCCAAAGUGCCGAGUUUGUGGGCCACCUUCGGAGACACAGGUAUGCUGUUGAGUUCCUUCAGCGCCGCCAUGAUGGCGGAGCACCUGGGCUUGGGCUCCGCCUUCACCUCGAACGGCCUCUUGUUGGUGGGUGCUGCUGGCAUAAUGUUCUACGUGACACGUCGCUGAUGAGUCCAAUUCGACCGUUGCUUCGCCGCGGGAGCGAGACGGAAGCGUGCAUGCACAUCGUGGACUGAAAGGAAACGGUUGGAAAUAGUUUGGUGAAAGCGAGGGUGCGGCAUGGAUGGACAGGAAACUGUAGGAAAUAAAUAGCUUGGGGAGAGCUCCGCUGGGAAGGGCAGGAAACCGUUGAAAUAGCUUGGGGAGAGCUCCGUUGGGAGGGAGCGACGAUAAAAAU